GAUCCGCCCACAUUCCUGAUUUUACCCUUUGCAUAGUGUCCCGACCUACGGAGUAUGUCGCCCCCUGUCCAUCUCCCGGCGUGUUGUCUUUGAUCACCGGCCGCUGUGGGGGAUCGCUGAGUCGCCUAGCUAGGCAAUUUUUGUGCACAUCGCGGUACCUGCGGCGACUAAGAGCCCCGCGCGAUUGCGAUGACGGCACCGCCCAAAGCUCCAAAGGCCGUCUGCGAGACGACGCGUGAGCGCGAGACGUUCAAAUACGACGGGUCGCUGUUGACCUCGGCACGAUUCAACAAUGACGGCCUCCCCAUUCCCAGCUCCGAACUGGUGACCUGCUCCGACGGAACAUUGACUGCGCUCGCCCAACUCGCAACCUGCCAAACGGGCACCGCCAGGUCUCUGAUCUCCCUUUUCGACCAGACCCAUCAAUACAUCGUCACCGAAGCAACGCCCUCGCUCCCGCUGAUCCCUAGCCUGCCGCAAAGUGGUCAUGGCGAAGAACUCUGGCUGUGCGGCACCGCCAUUCCUCGCGCCCAUGGAGUGUGCGAUUAUACCCUUUGCAGGGGCGAUACGGAUCAAUUCGACCAGCCCAGUGACCCCAGUAAACUGCCCAUGGUCAUAGUGGACGACCUCACAGCCGACCCGCGCUUCAUGACGAGACCAUAUUGCCAGCCCGGGAGUCCCGCACGCUUCUAUGCUGCGACUCCCAUUACGACCCGCCAAGGCAUCAAUAUUGGCGUAUUGUGUGUCAUCCACACCGAGCCCGUGACGGAUUGGACCGAGCGUCAUUCCGACUUGAUGCGGAAUUUAUCUCGCAUUAUCAUGGGCCACCUGGAAGCGAGCAGGCUGAAGAGUGUACAAGCACGGAACGAUCGGAUUACUCGGGGUCUUGGAUCAUUUCUCGAAGGCAAGCUGGCAUUGGCUUCCGAGGUUAGUCCAAAGAAGGGAGGUACUCUGAAUGCGGGUCAUGACUCCCUCCAAGAUGGUGAUGGGACCGCCAAGCAACAAGAUCCCCCACUGUUGGAGCAGAUGACUGAGUCAAAUUCCAGGCCAGAUUCCAAGCCAGAGGAAGGGCCUGGAGGACCAGUGCUUGAAGUGCCACACAAAACAUCGAACGAUACUCGGCCAAUCGAAGAACCAUCAUAUUCAACUACCGAUGAGAACAAAAAACGGGACCCCGAAACAAUCUUCUCAAGAGCCGCAAACAUAAUCAGAGAGUCCAUCGACAUAGAAGGAUGUCUAUUCAUCGACGCCAGUUCAAAGAAGUUCAGCGGUGCGGCUCCUCACCAGGCGAAUGAGACGCGACAAGGCUCCUUAGCUCCCUCAAUAACAUACGGCUGUAUCAGUGAUGAGGAGGAUGGUGAAGUCUCGUCGGUUAAAAUUUUGGGGCCACCAUGCGAAGUGAUUGGAUUCUCUAGUUCUGGUCAAGUUGGCACCCACGCUUCCUGCACACGAUCAUCACCUCAGCCUUUACCACAAAAGUUCCUGGAAAAACUCCUUCGACGGUAUCCAAAGGGUCACAUCUUCAAUUUUAAUGUGAAUGGAGAGUUACAGCGCAGCGACUCCUCCGAGGAUAAUGUCCGGGGGUGGCUUGCCCGAGAGCCUGACAGGCAAGGUGCUACACAUCAGCGCGAGAACCCCAUAAAAUCCAGUGGUGUGUCAGGGAACCAACAGGAUACAACGAGGACGCGACAGAAAGAAGGUCGUAUACUCCUUGAGACAUUUCCAAGAGCCCGAAGUGUCGCUUUUGUCCCUAUCUGGCACCCAAAGAAGGAAAGGUGGUCUGUCGGUGCCUUUGCCUACACGUCCACACCAGCUCGGGUUUUUACUCUGGAGGGCGACCUGAAUUAUCUAAGAGCUUUUGGUAUGCUCGCGGCUACCGAAAAACUCCGACUCGAAACGGUCAUGGCCGACAAGGCGAAGGCCGAUGCACUUGGCUCUCUUUCACACGAGCUCCGCUCUCCGCUUCACGGCAUCAUCCUGGGAGUUGAACUGUUGAACGACACGAACUUGAAUGUUGUACAAGAAAACUUAGCACAUACGAUUGAGACGUGCUGCCGUACUCUUGUCGACACUGUGGACCACCUCUUGGACUACUCCAAGAUCAAUAAUUUCAUGGGGAAAGAAAGGUUACCGAGGAGAGACAGCGGGCCCCGAGGAUUGCGACCGGACAGUGAUCAAUCGAUCGAAGCUGGAAUGCAGGUUCUUUACAAGGAUACCCGUCUCGAUAUUCUUGUUGAAGAGGUCAUGGAAAGCGUUUACGCAGGUUUCAACUUUCAGCAUCUAUCCAUUGCUCAACUUUCAAGAAAGAGGGCAACGGGUUUAGCACACACUGAUUACACCGCAAUGAGACGCCUCGAUUCGCUACGAGCGAUGGAAGACCUUGGCCCGACACUCACACAGAGGGGAGAAGUCCAAGUGAAAUUUGGAGAGGUCACCAUUUUGCUCAUGAUUGACCCUUCUCUCUCUUGGACGUUUCACACUCAGCCGGGCGCCCUUCGCCGUAUUGCGAUGAACCUAUUUGGCAACGCUCUGAAGUAUACUCACCGAGGCGUGAUCAAAGUAUCACUUGACCAGGUCUCGUCCGAAUCUGGUUCCAAUGAACGGCUGGUAAACCUCACAGUCGUUGAUACUGGGGUGGGGAUCAGCGACGACUAUCUCCGAAAUGGCUUGUACAGGGCAUUUUCACAGGAGGAUCAGCUAGCACCUGGCACAGGUCUUGGGUUGAGCCUUGUCAAACAAAUCGUGGAUCAGCUUCGUGGCCAUAUCUCUGUCACGAGUCAAGUUGGAGUUGGGACAACCGUACUGGUGUCACUGCCAUUGACACAAGUUGUGACCCGCCUCGAAGUGCUACCUGAGGCUUCAGAAGCGGACGAUGCGAUCCAGGCGCAGAUGCGUGAGCUUCAUGGCUUGCGUGUUCAGAUAGUAGGGUUCAACAAGCAGCGGGCUUCCGAGGAGCCUUCGUCAAUCGACACUCCCGGGGCUCAUCCUCUUGUCCAGCAUAUCUGCCAUGACCUGCUGCAUAUGCAGGGCAAUGCAGAACCGCAAACACAACAGCUGAUACCGGAUGUAGUGAUUUGGUCCGAAGAUUCUUUGCCUGGUCCUGCGGAUACGGAUGAGCGGCUUGCAAAAAUACCAGGAGUUGUCAUCUGCACAAACGAGCUCAUUGCGUAUCAGUACACCACUGGAUCCAAAAACGCUGGACGACUUGGAAUAUCGGAAUUCAUCUCACAGCCUAUCGGCCCUCUCAAACUCGCCAGAACAAUAUCACUGGUAUUGAAACGUUGGACUGAGACCCAAGUGAACCCGAUAACUUUCAGUGUUACGAAUCCAGUUAACGAACUGCGAUCUCUAACUCCUCAAUCACCUCCCAGCCUGCCGCCUUCUCUCAACCGGAAGGAGAGUGUGGACCAAUCUCUAGGCUACUUCGCAUGUCCCGAACUUCUGCUCGUGGACGACAACAGCAUAAACCUGAAGAUAUUGGCCUCGUACGUGCACAAAGUCGGACGCCUAUAUAGCACGGCGACGAAUGGGCAAGAGGCUGUGGAUGCUUUUCAAACAAACCUGGGCCAAUACAAAUGCAUUCUGAUGGACAUCUCAAUGCCGGUCAUGGAUGGAUUUGAGGCCACGCGGCAAAUUCGAGCCUUGGAACAAAAGAACCACAUGAAGCCAACACUCAUCUUGGCGCUCUCUGGAUUGGCCUCCGAGGAUGCCCAGAAGGAAGCAUUUAGCAGCGGAGUUGAUCUUUUCCUGACGAAGCCGGUUCGGCUGAAGGAGUUGGGGGCCAUUCUCAAGUCCAAGGGAAUAUUAGAGGAGUAGAAAAUUCUUACGUUUAGUUACUGCAAGCCGACAAACUUUAGAUACCCGUAUCUGGACAUAGAUUCAGAUCAUUAAUAUGACUACUCUUGGUGUCAUCGCUCGAAUCCUAUUGGUACAAAUGAGUACAAUGCUGCGAUUGAUCUGUCUUGUGCUAUAGUGCUAUCAUAUUUGGUAAAGAUGUUGCGAAACCGUCCAGCCAGGCUUUUCUGAGUCAUUACGCAUGUAUUAUAGACAAAAGAAUUCCAUCCUCAAAGGAUGACGAUCGAAG